AUGAUUCAAAAGUUUACUUUCUUGAAAAACACUGCAUUUUUAAAGCAAAUCACUAGCAAACUAGAACAAUCCAUUUGCACAAGAAACAUAAAAUGCUUAAGCUAGCUUAGCAAAUUAAACAAAAUUAAUUUGUAAUGCAAUCCUUCAUUUAAGUUUUCAACUUAAACAGCAUGCUCUGCAAAUACUAAAUAAGCUCCUAAAUCUAAUGAAAGCUAAAAUACCACUACAGUAAUUGAGCACAACGACUUUUACGUGGAGUAACUAUUCACUGGAUGUCUUGCCUCCUAUACUUACUAUAUUGAAUCCAAUGGUGAAGCUGCUAUCAUUGAUCCUUUGAGAGAAACAAAGCCAUACACAGAUUUAGCUGCCAGAAGAGGAGCUAAAAUCAAAUACAUUUUAGAAUCCCACUUCCAUGCUGAUUUUGUCUCAGGACAUAUCAGUUUGGCUAAUAAAACUGGUGCAAAGAUUAUUUAUGGCCCUGGAGCACAAGCCUUAUAUGAUAUCCAUGUUGCUAAAGACGGUGAAGAAAUCUAAUUAGGAAACAUUAAACUUCAAGUUUUACAUACUCCUGGUCACACAACAGAAAGUUCUUGCUUUUUACUUAAAGACAGCAAAAAUUAACCUCACUCAGUCUAUACUGGUGAUACUCUCUUCUUAGGAGAAGUUGGCAGACCUGAUUUAGCAGUUAAAUCUGGAUAAAUUACUGAAAAAGACCUUGCUGGUAUGCUUUUUGAUAGUAUAAAAAAUAAAUUAUUACCUUUACCUGAUAAUGUAAUUGUCUUCCCAUCUCACGGUGCUGGUUCAGCAUGUGGUAAGAAUAUUGGAAAGGGCCAUAUGUGCGAUAUUGGAACUCAAAAGAAGAAAAAUUAUGCUUUGUAGCCCAUGAGUCGUGAUUAAUUCAUUUAGGUUGUCACUCACGAAUUGCCUAAACCUCCUUAAUAUUUCUUCUAUGAUGCUGGUUUGAAUAAAACUGGCUAUGCUAACUUAGAAGAUGCAAAGAUCAAUAACUUUAAUGCCAUAAAGCCAGAAAAUUUAUAAUAAAUUUAAGCUGAAGCUAAAGGACUUGUGUUAGACUGCAGGAACUCAAUAGACGAAGGUUAUAUAGAUGGAUCUAUAAAUAUAGGUUUGAAUACUCCAUUUGCCGUCUGGGUUGGUACUUUAAUCGAUCCUAAAACCCCUCUUAUUCUCUUAACCGAACCUGGCUAAGAAGAAGAAGCAGCUAAAAGAUUAAUGAGAAUUGGUUUCGAUCAUAUUAUUGGAUUCGUUGAUGGAGGUUUCUAAGCAAUAAAAAAUAGUGGUAACAUAAAAAUCAACACAAGUAAAAUUUUGAAUGCUGAAUAAUUCACUUAAAUUGCUAAUAACCCUUAAAACUUUGUUGUUGAUGUGAGAAACAAAAGUGAAACAGAUUAGGGCAAGGGACAUACUGCUUAAACUAUCCCACUUGCUGAAUUAGGAUCUAGAGUUCAUGAGUUACCAAAAGACAAAGAAGUUUACAUCUACUGUUAGAGCGGAGCCAGAUCUAAAAUGGCCAUCACUCUAUUAAACACUCUUGGAAUUAAAAAUAUUAUAAUUGCUCACGAUGGCUUUAAAGCAUUGCACCAAGCAGGAUUAAAAUGA